AUGAAAUUUCGAGCAGACCAUGAAAUGCACCAGAACGAAUCCUCGCUAUUGCACAAGAUGACGUUGGGACACUCGUUCAAAGAGGAUCGAAAUAUCUUCAAGAAUAUACACUCUUUAUUGAAGAAACCAAAGAAGAAAUACCCAGUGGAUAAGGCGAAAGAUCAUGAUCCCAGUUCUGAAAAAGAUUGUCUCGAGGAAGACCUGAUAAUACAUUCAACUGCAGAUUUGGAGAGCUCACCAUUGGCACCUCGAGGGCGUUGUUCCUACGAUGUAGUGCGAGAUCGAAUAGGAAACGUCUCCCCUACUAGGCCCCAGACGAGUUUAGCUUUCUUUAACGAACCAUCUGCAUCCACCACAUUUCAAUCGGCAAGCGGCAAAUUGCAGGAUACUUUACAAAUAGCAUCCUCUAGCACCGAUGUGACGCGCUGGAACUCAAACGAGAUCUCAGUGGGCUCCUCUCACGAUCCGGAAGACGAUGACGAUGUCUUCCUACAUACAUUACUUCCUCCACAGAUUAGUAGACCACGGCCGCAACGAUGGAAUAGUCACAGUAGCAUAGGGAGUAACGGGGCAAGCCGAUCCACUCGGUCCACUAAUUUAAUCAGUGGGAAGCGUGAUGGGAAGUCACUGCGAGGAAGUAGGACAAGCCUGCACAGGAUGAAUUCCUUCGACAAUCCCCAUAGAGAUUUCUUCACUUCACCUGUCCAUCAAGCAGUAAGUCCCAAAAAGGCAUAUCAAUCCAAGAUCGAUCAAAGUGCCAUUCCUUUCCAGCAUUAUGAGGGCGCCAAUGGAGAUCAAUUUCCCAGAAUAAGUGCAGAAACCUUGAAGGACAUAAUUCAGGACGAACUAUACAAGUCGCACUACGAGUCCUAUCAAGUUGUCGAUUGCAGAUUUGCAUACGAGUAUAAAGGUGGCCACAUUAGCAAUGCAUUGCAUAUCUCAUCCAGAGAGGAAUUGGAAUCUGAGUUUAUACAUAGCGAAAGAAAAUCGCCAACUUUACUCAUAUUCCACUGCGAAUUUAGCUCCUAUCGGGGCCCCAUGCUUGCAUCUCAUUUGAGAAACUGCGAUCGCAUGCUUAAUUAUGAUAACUAUCCGGAUCUAUUUUACCCAGAUAUCUUGAUCCUUGAUGGCGGUUACAAGGGAUUCUUUGACAAAUUCCCGAGUUUAUGUUACCCCAGAAGAUACGUGGGUAUGGAUUCAAGUGAGAACUUAGUGAGUCGCGACCAAGAAUUGGAAAGGUUCAGGCAGGACUCCAAGAAAGUGGUUUCAAGAAACAGUUCAUUGUACAAGUUAACUUCUGUUCCUAGCUCAACUCGAUCAAGUAUAAGGAAAGGAUGCCCUGAACGAAGUAGCAGUGCUCGGAAACUGAACUAUACAACAUCGCCAGGCUUCAAAUAUGAGGCCCCACCAAAACUCUCACUUUCACGGUACAGUAACGACAGCUUAUUGGGUAACAGUGAUGACAGUUCAUCGGGGAGCCGACUUUCGAUCAAUUCCAGCCCAAACCUAAGCACAAACAAGAUGCUGAUGAUGGAUGGCCUCGACGGUGAGUCCUGUUACAGCUUUGAUGAAGGUGAUAGUACUUUCACGACCCCAGUUGCCACUAGCAGUACACCCACCAAUAGGCAAGAAAGUGGCAGAAACACUAUGGAACCUUCGUCAUUGAAUCUCGUCAAGAAAUCACUAUUUCCCAACAUUCUGAGGGAAGAGCAAGGCGAUUUAGGUGACCGCUGA